ACUCUCUUUCUCUCUCUUCCUUGAAUACUUUCUUCUCUCUCUUGUCUCACUUUCUCUCUCUAAAAUCUUCACACUUCCCAGCCAGCUUUUCCAAUCUGCUUUCUUUGACUCGAUAAGGGGGUUUUCUUCUCCGUAGAAUCAAAACCACAAAAGUUCCCAUUUUUACCCCCAUUUUCCCCCUUCUUCACUCCGACUUGCAUCUUGCAUGAGCUCCAAUCUCGCAUAUCGACAUAAGCAAAGUAGUUCUAUAGAACAACCUAGUACCUGUACAAAGGAUGGGGUGUUUUACUGUUUUGAAAAGCAAGAAGAAAAAGCAUGACCAAAUUGCAUAUGUAAAACGAGUAAGCCACAGUGAGCAUGUACCUACAAUAUUGCCUGAACCUCAUACUCGCACGCUCCAAUCUGCACCUCCUAGUUUUAGGACAAGAGUUAAACCCAUUCAACCUAGUAAAAUGACUUACAAUAGAACAAGAGCAUUAUCUGCUCCAUCAACUCUUGACGCAGCGGAACAAGAUGCUUUGGCUUCGGUUGAGUAUGAGGAACAAGAAGAGUUGAGACACCGAGGAGGAGGAUCAAUGAAGGAGCAGCAUUUGUCUAGCCCACAACCUUUACCGCUUCCAUCUCCUAAGGGUGGCAGUUCAUUGAACGCAAUGGGCAGCUUUAAGUCAGUGACAGCUAAUGUUCCUCCAAAUUCUUCUGGACCUUUGCCGCUUCCACCUACAGGGUCACUUCGAAACUUUCAGUAUGAGGAAAUUGCAGCUGCUUGCCUCAAUUUCUCCUUGGAUCGAUGCAUGUCGGAAUGCCUUUCUUCCACCAUAUAUAAAGCUUCCUUUGGCGAUGAUUCUUCUUCAAGCUCAAAGAAGUUUGAAGCCACUGUCACGCGUCUACACCCAUCAAAUCAGGGCUUAAAGGAAUUCAUAAGUGAGGUCAAUACUAUAGCAUCUUUGCAGCAUCCAAACCUCUGUAAAUUGCUAGGGUUUCAUGCGCGUGAAGGUAAGGAACAAAGAAUGUUGGUUUAUGAGAGGCUAUACCAUGGAAGCUUGGACCGCCUGUUGUACGUGAGAUCUGAUGGCCCGUCUCUUGAUUGGAACACAAGAAUGAAAAUCGCUAUAUGUGCUGCACAAGGUCUUACUUUCUUGCAUGAAGAAGGGCCUUUUCAGGCAAUGUAUAAUGAAUUCUCAACAGCUAACAUACAGAUAGACAAAGAUUUCAGUGCCAAGCUUUCAGGGUACGGUUGCGUUGGACAACUUCCUGAGGAAGAGAUAUCGAGCAGUUCAUCCGCUGUUGGCAACCUAUCAAUGGAGACACUGGAAAAAGGAAUGCUCACACCAAAAAGCAACGUAUGGAGUUUUGGAAUUUUUCUUCUAGAGCUUCUUACUGGAAGAAAGAAUCUGGAUAGUCGUCACCCCAAGGAAGAGAGAAAUUUGGUCAAGUGGAGCCGUCCCUUCCUAGCCGACGAUUAUCGACUCUCAUUGAUUAUGGAUCCUCAACUCAAGGGUCGCUUUCCCUCCAAAGCAGCGAGAACUGUAGCUGACAUUGCCCAAAGAUGCCUUCAGAAGGAGCCGUCUGAGAGACCAACCAUGAGGACUGUUGUCAAGCACCUAAAAAUGAUACAGGAUUUAAAGUAUUCUUGCCGUUUCCCGCUUCAAGAACCAGCCACAAUCUCCGGAAAACAUAUGUCGAGAUCCCCAAGUCUUAACGGCAUCAUCAGCCCUGCUCCUAGGCUGAGUUACUCGCCGUCUCCCCCACCAGCAGUGGCCCCGCCAUCUGUUUCACCUCCAAGAUGGUCCGGAGUCCCGUUCCUUCCUCCGCGUGCGUGUUCCUCUACCCUCUCCCUGGAGGAGCUCGAUAGGCAGGAGAGCCGCAAGUCAUCGUCCUCGGCCUCUAGGAGGGCUAGUGUGGAAGGUUUUUGAAUGUCUAUAACUGUUCCAUUUUUUAUUUAUUAUUUUUUUUGGUGUGUUCAACACAAAUUUAUAGCAGAUAAAAAAGAUGUGGUUCUUCCACCCUUUUUUCUUUUUUCCUUUCUGGAUCCCUCAGUCGUGAUGUUGAGAGGAUGCUACUUUGUAGAUAUAGUGCAAAGUUUUAAGUUUAUAU